CAGUGUGUUAUGGGUUAAUUCAUGCAAUGUGAGGAAUCUCUCUGCUUCUUUCUCAAAUAAACCUGCUAUUUAUUGUUUUGUGACCGUUAAUGCCCACCAACAGCUCGUGGACAACAAUAUCCAGCUGGACUGCUGAUUUGACAGCGAUGUUUAUUGAUUGUUUUUAUGAGGCUCGCAUACAGUGGCAGUCGAAAUCUAUCAGCAGCUUUUUGCGAUGUGAAUCAAACUCGGGAAUUAUGAGCUGGAAUUCGCCUUUAGAUCAUGGAAGUAGGCUACUGAAGAAUCUAGAGGCUCAUUAGCGCUGAUUGGAGUUGGAGGAAAAGUACAACUGGUUUUAUUGCUUUUGCCUGGAAGUCGGACGGGUUUUUUUCGGAUAACGAUCGGGAUAAGGACCACUCUCCACUGCUAUUCGCACCAAAAAUAAUAUUGCGUAUAAUCGCGAAUGAGAUCUGGAGAAUUUCCUCACAAUUCAGCGACAAUCCAUGAUCCAGAUUUCAGCAGUGGGAUAAUCUGGAUCCUGCAGCGACAUCGGCUCGGAUCAUCAGUCCGUCGGGAUCUGAGGGAUCACUGCCAGAGAUCGCCCAUCAUCACCACUGAAGGGAGAAGAUGCCGUUCCACCAUGUGACGGCAGGAUUGCUGUACAAAGGGAACUAUUUGAGUCGCUCACUGUCCGAACACAGCAAUAGUGAACAGCUCGCCAACAUCUCCGUGGAGGAACUAGAUGAAAUCCGGGAGGCGUUCAGGGUCCUGGAUCGGGAUGGCAAUGGGUUCAUCUCCAAGCAGGAGCUUGGCAUGGCCAUGCGCUCACUAGGGUACAUGCCCAGUGAAGUGGAGCUGGCGAUCAUCAUGCAGAGACUGGACAUGGAUGGUGAUGGACAGGUGGACUUUGAUGAGUUCAUGACGAUACUCGGACCGAAGCUCCUGUCCUCUGAAACACGGGAAGGUUUCCUUGGAAACACAAUUGACAGCAUAUUCUGGCAGUUUGACAUGCAGCGGAUAACACUGGAGGAGCUGAAACACAUCCUUUUUCAUGCCUUCCGGGACCACCUGACGAUGAAGGACAUCGAGAACAUCAUCAUCAAUGAGGAGGAGAGCUUGAACGAGAACUCGGGGAACUGUCAGACCGAGUUUGAGGGAGUUCAUCCCAAAAAGAAGAAUCGGCAGACGUGUGUGCGCAAGAGCCUGAUAUGUGCGUUCGCCAUGGCCUUCAUCAUCAGCGUCAUGCUCAUCGCGGCCAAUCAGAUGCUGCGCAACGGCAUGGAGUAGCGACACCACUGUGAGCGGGGCGGAGCCUGCAUGUGCAUGUCUGUGGAUGAAGUUAUCGAAACUCGAGAAACAAAACCAAACGCCUCACUACUGAAAAGAGGAGCUUUUUAUUCUUUUUUUAUUUGUAUUCUCCUAUUACUUUUCCACGCGGACCAAGCGACACAGGAAGUGUAGAGGCGAGCCAAGCCAGCAUGUUACACGGGGCCUCAUCUCUCAGGCAGGGACUUUAAAGGGCUGACUUUCUGCUUUUCGUGCCACCUCUGUUCCCUAAUGCAAUAACACGCAGGAGUUCAUAAACCGUCGCCGUCUCCUCCGUGUCUUCAGAUAUUUCAGCAGGGAUUCGCUGAUGAGCUUCUGCUGGGUUCGGGCCUCCUGUCGAUGUAGGAAGGCAAAAGUAAUUGGCAACUCAUUACACCUUUGUGGAGGGAGAUUUACAGCAUCCACUCCGGAGACUAUUUAUGUCUGCUCUUGCCAGAGUGCUAUUCUGGCUCGGGGGAUGCUGGGAGACUGGGGAAGGAGCGCUCGUUGUAGUCCAUAAUUAAAUCCAUAGUCGUCAGCUCCAAAAAUCCAUGAGCCUGACUCAUUGUUUUCAUCAUUUCGAAUGUGUUCUGCCAUUCAUUUGUGCGAUCUUCCUGUGUCUAAUGCUUUUCCUGAAGUGAUUUGUAAUGAGCACGCCCACGCAAAAUGUUGAAACAAAACGGAAAGUUGUGCAGAUUUCCACAAAAUUGGAACUGCCGUCAUACAGGAGUUCUAGUUCCAUGUUUGUUUUGUUCAAAUUGGGAUUGCAUGGGGAAACAGGUUUAAUUCCCAGGAAAUCAGUGUAUAUCUUGAAUGCAUUUUAGUUCGCUUUGGGUAAAAUUAUCUACCAUAGAGUCCUGCAGUCGUGAUGUCAAAACCCAGAAGACUAAUUCGCCGUUGAGAUAUUCCCAUGGGCUUUUAUAAUGUUUUUUUUUAAUUAUUAUUUUUUAUUUAUGAGUAAAAUAAGAUCUGUGGUUAAUUUAAAUUGAUGAUACUUGAUCUACAACAUAAAUGAUACACAUCCAUAAUGGAAACAUGAUUUUGAAUUUCCUUUUAAAAAAAAAGUUUGUCAUAUGUAACUACAUAGUAAUUACAUACAAAUUUUUUUUGUGUGUGGAUGUGUGCAGUUCAUGUUGUACAACAAAACGACAAGUUUCAUCAAGUUUUAGUUACCACAGACCUUAUUUUACUAAUUAAGUAAAAAGCCCAAUCAAAAUAAAUGAAUAAAUAAAUAAAAAACACUGUGAAACCUGUGGCGAAUUAGUCUUGCUUUGACAUCACAGCUACAGCCCUUUAUUCAGUUAUGUUGUUUCUAUGUUUUGGCAAUGACAUUUACAUUAUGGUAAACACAUUGAUGUACACAGCGUUUUGCGUUAUUUUUCUCAUGCAGUAUUGUUGUUCAUUUUCCAAUGAAAAUAGCAAAAAAUUCUCCAAACGAGCAAAAUUACAUAAAAUGUUAGGAAUUAUAUAAAGAAUUCAGUAAUUAUGUAUUUCAAUAAAUAUUAUUAAUGUAAAUCUUACACAAUUAUAUGACCUUUUAAAAUGACAAAUUGCAGUUUUGCUUGUCUACAGGUGUCUACAGGUUCCAUCUGGGCCUAAUGAGUGAAUAACAAGAUGUUUUUACUUGGGUUUUGCAAGUACUUCAAAGCACUUAAUGUGUCUUAAUGGUACUUUAUGGCCAGUUAUCAGUGUUUUUAACCUGUUGAGACCUGUUCCAUUUCAGCAUUUCUGAAAGGUUUACGAUGGCUCUCAGAUUCAUGUUAGUGGAUGAGCUUGGGUUACCUCCCUUUUUGAGCUGCACUGAAGAUGUCCUUCACCUUAUCAUAAGCCACAGUCAUCUUCAUGGUUACGUGUACGGUGGAUGUUCAUAUAGCAUUUCAUUCUCUGUCUGUAUUAAAGCCACCGUAGCACUGCAUUGUUGAUGUUUCAGUAGAUGUAUGUAAUGAAGAUGCUUCACAAAUCUUCAAUAUUGGGAUUGUAAAAAGGAAAAGAAUGGAAAGAUUGGAAGAUGAUUGUAUCUUUCACAUAGGUGCAAUGGCUGAAACUCUGUGCCUGAUGCAUUUCUUCUCUUGUGUUUCAUGGAUGUCUCCUCUGGACACCUCUGUAGAAAACGCACUGGUAGGCUAUAUGUCCUCCGCCAUGUUUCCUGAGGUCUGCUUCUACUUUAUAAUGCAUGUGAAUGAGCAGAACUUUGUAAAUAGAGCUUCACAUGUGUGUUUUCUGUCCGUGCAUGAUAGUUUAAAACAGUACAUUCUGCACAGAUCGUGACAGGGCUACUGAGGGGGCGGCUGAAAUCAAUAUGUGUCUGCCAGCUCUCCGUUCUCCCCCGAAACCCCUCACUAAAGCCAUAUUCGUCCGCACAGGUGUACUUUAGAAAAUAAAGGUGCAUACACUGAAAUUAUAAAGGUAUAAUGUUAGUCCAACCCCUUUUUUUCCUGACUCAAAUGUUGAGUGGAUAGUUGAUUCUGGUAUGAUAAUGACAUCUGGUGGUGGACGUGAUUACUUCAUUCCCUGUGUUUGUCCUCAUACUGUCCUUGUCUGAUCUAGAAUGUAACAUUAGCUUGUAGCAUUCAACACAAGAUCUGGAUGGGUUGAUAUAUGACGUAUACUAUGUGUGUAGAUGAUUUUGAGCUCCACAAUUGUGUGGUGAAUGAGAAAAAUUAGACAUUAAUUAUAUUUUGGGGUUGGGUGUGAUUUUAGGAAUGAAGGAUUGUUAUACCAAUAUACGGAGUCAAUUAUUUCAGUUUAUGCCGUUAUUUAAAGACAAUGUAGUAAAAUUGCUUUGACAUGAACAAAAUAUCCCAUGAAAUCAGAUUCAAUUGGUUCUGUAGGCCAUUUAAAGGGUUAGUUCAUCCAAAAAAUGAAAAUUAUCCCGUGUUUUAUUCACCUUCAAAGCCUCCUUGGUGUAUAUGUCUUUCUUCUGGACGAAUUGAACGAAUACAAUCAGAGUUUUAUGAUGGAUGCAUGCACUUUAUUUGACUACUUUUUGGACUGUUGAACAAAAACACUUUUCUGUUCCUAUUCUUACACUUGGAAGUGCAAGGAAAAUGUUUAAUAUAACCCUGAUUGGAAAGAAAAAAAGUCACAUAGAUGCUUUGAGUGUGAAUAAAACAUGAGUUAAUUUAAAUUUUUGGCUAAUGGUUUAAAGUGGGUUGUAUUUCAAAAGGCUUUAGGGUUUGGCAAACACAGGUGAUGUGGUGGUAAAGUUGGCUACAAUAAACUGUAAAAAAACUAAAUGUAAAUAGCCAUAUUUACAGUUAUUCACUUAAUGAUAUAUCUGUACACUUCGCAUGCAUAAUAUUUAGCUAUGUAGUUGGGACUAGCUUCUUGCAAGCUGCCCAUAGAUGAUUUUAAUAUACAUAUUCAAAUAUGUACAGGACAAAUGCAUAGAGUUUAUGCAAUAAAGCAUUUUUGUAACAUC